AAAUUUGUGAUUUGGCGAUCGAUGUACUUCUGCGGGCUUUUCUUUUUCUAAAUUGAGCAAUAGUUAAAUAAUAAUUCUACUUACCAUGUCAACUUUGGAUACUUCCCCAUCUGCAUCACAAAACGAAAAAACAACUUUCACAGACGAUCAACAUGCCUCCAAUUUAUUAAGAAAAUUGCUAAAAUUAUAUGAAAAAGAAGAAUUAUUCGAUAUUCUCCUCAUAGCCGGAGAGGAUCGCACCAAGAUCCAAGUCCACAAAAUUGUCCUCACAGCUUUGAGUGAGUAUUUUUUGGAAAUAUUUCGUGGUCUUCCUAAAACUUCGAAUAUCAAUGAAUUAGAAAUUAAGGAAGUCGAAAGUUCGACUCUUAAAUUGAUAGUUGAUUACAUGUAUUCCGGAUCGAUUGAUCUGAAGCUUGAAAGCAUUGAGACACUUCUGCGAAGUGCUGUUUUGCUAAAAAUGACAAACCUUGUCAAAGGUUGUUGCGAGUUUCUUGAAAACAAUCUCAACAUUGACAACUGUUUGUGUUGGUCACACUUGGCCAAGGAGCUCGGUUUAUCCGAUCUUCAAGAAAAAACUUUGAACUUUAUUUAUGCAAACUUUGAGAAAGUAACAAAGGGAAAUGAGUUCUUAGUUUUGAAUGAAAUUGAACUCAAGGAUUUAUUAUUUAAUAAUAACUCAUAUCGAGACUUUGAGGAACAAGUGUUCCUUAGUUUGGUUGAUUGGAUAGAAUAUGAGAAAGUUGAUCGACGACAUCUUUUGUUUGACUUACUCUCAAUGGUUCGCUAUCAACUACUUUCGGCCAAGUUUAUCAUCAAAAAUAGAAAGAUGGUUUGUAAAACUGCGGAAUAUCAAAUCUUGGAAUUAAUUUGCACCUGGCUUGAGUAUCACUUGGUGCCCGAGUCUCGCACAAGUGAUGACCAAGUCGCUACUUUAGCCUCCAAACCAAAAAUAGAAGAUCAUUUGGAGAAAGAUUUUCUUAAAUUUUCAGUUAUUCAUUUUAACGAAGAAUUUGAACCUGAAAUAAGAAGUUACAAUAAAACUUUAAAUACAUGGUGUAUGGAUAAACGGUUUACUCCCAUUUCAACACGAAGAUUCAAGUAUUCUGUAAUUGUAAUCGAUGAGAAGCUUUUUAUAGUUGGCGGGCAAAGUAAUAAUGAUACAGAGAAAAGCGUUGAAUAUUUGGAUUUCAAAACAUACAAGUGGAGUACUUUGCCCAACAUGCGUGUUGCCAGAUGUGAAAGUCAAUUGGCCAAUUUAAGUGGACAUUUGUGUGUCUUUGGAGGCUUUGAAAAAUCUGAUGAGGUAACUUUUAUUAAUUCAGUGGAGAUUUUUAACUUCUCAACAAAUAAAUGGACUGAUUUAAAUCCGCCAAUCAAACCAAACCGAAAAAAUAAAAUCGUGGGCCAUAAUGGCAUACUGUACAUUUUCGAUUUUCAUUACGGUUGUUUGCAAUGUUAUGAUGUCUCUGCCAAUCAAUGGACAUUUAAGGACCUGCCAAUCGAUGAAACUGUAGGAGAAUUUCGUACUGCAGCAGUGGAUAAUUUUUUGUAUGCAAUUAUUGGCGGGGAACUUCAAAAGAAUCUUCAAUGGACUUCAUUUAAAAAUCUUACUUUCAAACGCUUUGAUUUAUCCAACGAUACGUGGUCUGAGGUGGGAAUUUUAAAAGAAGAUAAAAUAGUUGGGAAAACAUUCACAAUUAUUGGAAGUAAAAUUUUGUUUGUAAAUACAAUUAAUCGUAUCGCUGAGUAUAAUAUUGAAACUAAAGAAUUCCAUUUAAUAACUGUACCUCCAUCUGUAAAAUAUUUCUAUAAUGCUUUUAUUUUUCAACGCUAG